CGUGACAACAGUGAGCUGUAUGUCUGCUGGAAGCUAUCUUUGAGAUUUUUGUAUCAAGUGUUUAGAGCUCUUUUAGCUCGUAUUGGUGUUAAUUUUUAGCUGCGUUAACCGAGUGAUCCAAGCAGAACUGAGGCGGAGAGGGCUGACAUUCAUGGGAUCAAGCGCUGGAGGACUCUCGCAAUGUCUGACUCUGACAUACUUCAUUUCCAAUUUGAGCAGCAAGGAGAUGGCGUACUGCACAAGAUGAAUAUUCUGAGAGAACAGAAUCUCUUCUGUGAUGUCUCCAUUUCUAUAAAUGAUGCUGAGUUUCAUGGACAUAAAGUGGUGUUUGCAGCUUGUUCCACAUUCAUGAGGGAUCAGUUCUUGUUAAAUCAGUCUAGACAUGUUCAUAUCACCAUACUACAGAAUGCAGAGGUAGGACAAAAGUUGCUGAUGUCCUGUUACACAGGGGUUUUAGAAGUAAGAAAGAACGAACUGUUGAAAUAUCUGACUGCAGCAAGCUAUCUGCAAAUGGUUCAUAUUGUUGAGAAAUGCACAGAAGCUCUCUCUCGCUAUUUACAAAAUGAACAGUGCCUUGAUUCAGAGCAGCAGGAUACAGUAAAAGAGGGGUCAUUUGAUGCAGAGAUUGAGGCUUCCGAAAAUCAGGAUAAAGACUGUGAAAUUAUUGAACUGUCUGAGGAUAGUUCUGGAAACAUAGACUUUAAUGUUAAGAAAGAGGGUGACAGUCAGGAAGAGCUGCAUAGCCCCGAAUCUCCAAAAAAUGACCUCUCUGCUUUGGAAAUUGAUUACAAAGAUAAUGAUAUAUGUGUUUUCAGGAUGGGCUCUGUAUCUGACAGUGCAAACAAUGCGGACAGUGAUCAGUUUCCACAGCCAUGUACCUCUUCCAAAUCAAAUAUGUAUUUUUCAGAAACACAGCAUUCUAUAAUUAAUUCAACAGUGGAAAACCGCAUCAGUGACUUAACAAGGAAUCCAUAUCAUGGUCUACGUGAAGGAGAGAAUCAGUCUGGAAUGAUGCAAGGACUUCAGACUGGGGGUGAAGCAAUCUGCUCAUGGCGACACCAGUGUCCGAAAUGCCCUCGUGGGUUUCUACAUCUGGAGAACUAUCUGCGGCAUCUCAAGAUGCAUAAGCUGUUCUUAUGCUUGCAGUGUGGGAAAACAUUUACGCAGAAAAAGAACCUUAAUAGGCACAUACGUGGGCACAUGGGUAUCAGGCCCUUUCAGUGCUCAGUAUGUAUGAAAACUUUCACUGCAAAAAGCACUCUGCAAGAUCAUCUUAACAUUCACAGCGGAGACAGACCCUACAAAUGUCAUUGUUGUGACAUGGAUUUUAAGCACAAGUCUGCUCUAAAAAAACAUCUUAAUUCAGUACAUGGAAGAGUUGGAAGUGAUAAGCCAAACCUGGACUCUAUAACCAAAAUCACAAUUGACUAUGAUUAGCCUAUAGCAGGGCUUUAUAUACCCCUGUAACGUUGUAGCUCCUACAAAUAUUAUUGCCGAGUCCAGCAUUUUUUCAGAGUUUUAUAUAGAAGUCUGUAAAUAUAUAUAUAUAUAAAACAGAACCUAGGAUUUGUGAAUAGUUGGUCUUGACAUUUCCAUACCAUCAAAAUGACAGCUAUAUCAGGUAUACAACUGUUAACAUUUGUAGUGGUGAAAUAAAAAGAAAUGCAUUUCUCUAGGUAUUCGUUAAUCCCAGUAGUUUGACAGCCACACGUCUACUGCCAACUGAUAUUUUGUGCUUUUUAUAUUGAUUUGUUUAUAUGAAAAUUGUAUUGUCUGGAUACAUUGUAAAUGGGUUGUCAUACUUUGAUACAAAGUAGUGCGCACCACUAUUCUCCCAUAUGUGAAUUGUAGGAUAGUUGCAUCUUUAUGUAUUAUCUAAGAAAAAAAA